AUCUUUUCGACACCGUCUUCCAAAAACUGUUGGCUUUAUUGAACAUAAUGCUUCCCUUGAUUUUACACGGGCAUCAAGACCCAAAGGCUCGAAGCCAAACUUGUCGAGAACACCUUAUCUUUUUAAUGCUGCGCAAAUUCGGAUCAAAAAGGAAAAGAAAAGGCGUUUCGACAAAAUUUCCGCGACAAAAUUGGAUGUCUCAAUUUGAGAUAUCAAAAGCCUAAUAUUCGAUUCUUUCUGUGUUGUAUCUAUCGACCAAUUUUUAACAAUUCGCCUUGACCGCACUGGUUUUUCUUUUUCUAGCGAGGAGUUUUUAUUUUUAUUUUUCUAAAAGAGGAGUUUGGGAAAGCGUGUCCUUGAUUUCGAGGCAUUCAGUACCGGCGCAAAGAAUAUAUAUCUGAGAGAAAGGGGCAUACAGGACAUUUCUUUUUUCUGGAGAAUGAGAGACGGGGAGUUAUUUGUCAACUUUUUUGAUGGACAUGAGAUGGAAACGACACUGACGAUUUUGAGAAAAACACAAACCCGAUAAUGGGAAAGCUCUACUCUUGAGCUGGAUUUCACAACACUCCUUCAAUACUGGAAACGACAAUAUGGCCGAUUUCCAGUCAAUUCUUUGUUCUUUCUUUUGUUUACGAUGGGCAAGGAAUUUGGGCAUAGAUGCCCAAGACACAAUGUUGAUUUGGUGUCUUGUUUGUGAG